UGACCAUCUGGCAACAAGGAGUCGGGGGAAAAAUACAAAUUCUUCGAUUUUGAUUUGGUAGGAAAUGAAAAUUGAGAACUACGGCAAUUGGUCGUCUCUCUGGGAUCCUGUGUUGCAUGUAGAACCAAUCACGUCGUUGUUUGGUGCUCCGUCCUCCUCCUCCUCCUCCUUCUCCGCCGGUCUCUCGCGAUCUCAGUAGGAGCUUCAUAUCAAACAAAGUGGAAAAAUAGAGAAGAUUCACAGAGCCAAUUGCUACAUUGUGAAAGUGACGCGCAGAGCAAGAAGAAUUUUGAGAGAGGGAGAGAUGGGAGGAGGAGAUACAGGAGAAUACAGUGAUGAAAAUCAUCUAUUGAGGUCGACUAGUAACAGACAUGAAAACGAAGACGGCAGCAGCGGCAAAGAUUUGGAAGAUAAAGGGAUUACGUAUACGACUAUUAGUCCAAAGAAAGAAGGAAGCGGUGGUAUUAAAGAUCUCCUCAAACGUUUGGAUCGCAGCUUGUCUGGUCGCCUCUCCGGUUUCAAGCUUAUCGAUAGAGAUAUUAGAAAAGAUAUCUCACAGCAUCCGUAUAAUCAUAAUCGUAAUCAUGAGGAUUUUGGCGGACGCCAUGAUGAUGCUGAUGUUCUUGGGGAUGGCGCACCUCCUGAGUGGGCGAUGCUUCUUAUUGGUUGCCUUCUUGGCCUCGCCUCCGGUCUCUGUGUCGCUGCUUUUACUAGAGCGGUUCACUUAAUACAUGAAUGGUCUUAUGCUGGGACUCCUACUGAGGGUGCCGCAUGGCUCCGUAUACAGAGGUUGGCUGACACCUGGCAUCGGAUUCUUUUGAUACCUAUUUUUGGGGGAGUUCUUGUUGGGAUGGCGCAUGGCUUAGCGGAAGUAUUGGAACAAAUCAGACAGUCCAGUCCUCCCCAAACACAAGGCCUUGAUUUGGUUGCUGGAGUCUUCCCCACGGUAAAGGCCUUUCAGGCUGCUGUUACUCUAGGUACUGGUUGUUCUUUGGGUCCUGAAGGCCCUAGUGUAGAUAUUGGAAAAUCAUGUGCCAACGGACUUGUAUUAAUGAUGGAAAACAAUAAAGAAAGGGAAAUUGCACUUGUCGCAGCUGGUGCGGCAUCUGGGAUUGCUUCAGGUUUCAAUGCAGCUGUUGCUGGUUGUUUCUUUGCUAUUGAAACUGUGUUAAGGCCACGGCGUGCUGAAAAUUCACCUCCAUUUACAACUGCUAUGAUAAUAUUGACUUCUGUUAUAUCGUCAACUGUAUCAAAUGUCAUACUUGGUACACAAUCGGCCUUUACAGUGCCGCCAUAUGAUUUAAAAUCUGCUGCUGAAUUACCUUUGUACCUGAUCUUGGGCAUGCUAUGUGGAGUUGUAAGUGUGGCCUUUACUCGCUUGGUCUCUUGGUUCACAAAGUCAUUUGAGUAUGUCAAGGAAAGAUUUGCCGUUCCUGCUGUUGUUUGUCCUGCUUUAGGUGGUUUUGGUGCUGGGAUAAUUGCUCUCAAGUAUCCUGGGACACUGUACUGGGGUUUCACAAACGUUGAAGAAAUUUUGCAUACUGGGAAGAGUGCUUCAGCUCCAGGAAUCUGGUUGCUGACCCAACUAGCAGUAGCCAAAGUUGUGGCUACAUCCCUGUGCAAGGGUUCAGGUCUUGUAGGUGGUCUUUAUGCACCGAGUUUGAUGAUUGGUGCUGCUAUCGGUGCUGUAUUUGGGGGUUCAGCUGCUGAAGUAAUCAAUUCAGCCCUUCCUGAAAAUGCUGCUGUUGGUCAUCCACAGGCAUAUGCAUUGGUUGGAAUGGCUGCUACUUUAGCUUCAGUUUGUUCAGUGCCACUGACAUCCGUUCUCCUUCUGUUUGAGUUGACGAAAGACUACAGGAUAAUCCUUCCCCUCAUGGGGGCUGUUGGAUUAGCAAUAUGGGUUCCUACUGUGGCCAACCAGGCAAAAGAGUCUGAAACAUCUGAUACCCGUGUUUUGACAAGGGGUUAUUCUUCUCGUUCAAACUCUGAAGACAUAAAUGAAGUUUGGAGAAGAAUUGAAGGUGGAGAUGAUCUAGAACUUUCCAUCAUGGGAGUUACUUCUGAUUAUGAUGCAACCAUUGAAGAUCUGGUUUUGGAAGAUCUGAAGGUUUCCAGGGCCAUGUCAAAGAAUUAUGUAAAGGUGUCACUUGGCACAACUCUGAAAGAAGCUGUAGAGUGUAUGCAUAACAGCAAGCAGAAUUGUGUGCUUGUGGUUAAUGAUGAGGAUUUAUUGGAAGGCAUACUAACAUAUGGUGAUAUUAAGCGGCUGUCUGUUAAGUCUGAUGAGGCCUUCAUAGUUGAUUCAACAGUUACAGAUGUAAAUAUGUGUCUUGUUUCCUCUGUGUGUACUCGAGGGAUAAGCUACAGAGGCCAAAGUCGUGGGCUUUUAACCUGCUAUCCAGACACCAAUUUGUCAAUUGCAAAUGAGCUAAUGGAGGCAAAAGGGAUCGAGCAAUUGCCUGUGGUUAAGCAAUGUAGAGGCUCCUUGAAGGAAAGGAAGCGAAAAAUUGUUGCUAUUCUUCAUUAUGAUUCACUUCGGAGCUGCCUCAGAGAGGAGAUAAACCUUAGGAAGGCCCUCUAUCAGCAUAAAAAAGAGAGCCGUUACAACAGGCUAAUUGAUAGCGGCCAUUAAUUGUCAACCUUGUCAAAUUUCAAGUUCCUUUUGGCGGAGGUUCAAGGGAAAGUAUGGUCUGGAUGACGGGUAUGUACAUGUUUUAUUUUGAGGAUUCAUAAAAUAUAUGAUGAUGGCUUUGGAUAUUGUUGAGAUUAGUUAUAGCAAAUUGCAAUUUGUAUAUGUAAUUUUUCAAGUUACAUUUCGAUUGUAGUAGUAAAAAAUAAGAAAAGGAAAAUAAAAAUCUGUUGAUAGUUAAUAAAAAUUUUGCCUUUUUUUCUUUUUUUUUU